AUGCCAUACACUCCUCCUUCAAGACAUCAAACUGGUAAUAAAAAUGCUGUUCGGACCAGUGGACAUCGUGCCUUUUCAGACUUCAUGACGCAUGCGAACCAAUCAUCGUCGAGUGUGAUAUCGCGCAGGAAGUUUUACGUGGGCGAAAAUGACAGUUACGAGAGUUGUUCCGACAGUGAUUACGACUCCCAUUAUAGAAGCACUGUUAACCAGGAUCAGACAGACAACAGCUCAGAUAAUGGGUCCAGGGUCUCCAACAGUUUAUCGCCCCCGAAACCAACAUACACCGAUUGGUACUCUGGUUCCCCUAACGCGUCAAUGUCAUCUUUGAUUGAUAAAAGCUCGAUAUUUCCUCUUAAUAGGCUCUUGAGGGAAAAGGGCCACUUGAUGUUGAAAGAGGACGAUACCGCGAGCAAAUACCGGUCUGAUGAAGAGAACGCAGCGAUCAAAUUUACAACGAGUUCUCCCCAGUCGUAUUCAUAUGCACUUUUGUCGCCAAACUCCAUGGCGUUGAGACUCAAAGUGCUAAAACGAUCAUUGGAGAUUCUUCUGGAGAGACCUGGCUGGUUGAACGCAAACGUUCGCGAAGAGGAAUCGCAAAAUGCCAUACCAUUGCCUGCAUCAUCUUUAUUUACACCUCCGGCGGCUCCUGCACUGAUAAAUAGAAGUGGUUCGCGGUCUUCAACAUUAUCGACCUCUUCGUCAAGUGCUCUUUCCACAACACCGAGAAACUCGCACGAUUUGUACGGCUCGGUGCCAUUGCACAUGACUCCUUCGUUCCGGAGGAGAUCGUCCACUGCCAAUGUCAUGGAUAACGUUCUCAAGUUGGAAAGAUUAUCAAGUUCUCGAAGUAACGAGACCCGUUCUGCGGCUGGUGUCGGGAAAAACGUGCCAUCUGCAUUGAAAACAGCUGAUUCGCCGCCUCAGUCGUCAGUGAAAACGUUAGGCAACGUUUCUGUCGACAAAAACAUGCUGGAAGACUUGAAGGAGAUAAUACAUUUCCUUGAGAUAGGUAUUCAUCCAGAGCUCAGUGAGGAUCAGACAAGUAGGAUGAUCAAUCUUCACAAUCUAUCGCUUACAAAUGCAGAGAGAAUCCCCAAGAAAACAUCCCUUAGGAUCCAGCUUCUUCAUGCAUUGGCGACGCCGUUUCAGGAGGGAAAUAGCAGCAAUAACAAUGCCGUUGCCGGCAUUCCCAUGAUAAAACCAGUGGAUUCCUCUUGGGGGCUCAACAAUUUACAAUAUAGCCAGCAGCAGGCAACCAGGAGCUCACCGCAAUCCCAGCCAAGCCAGGGAAUUUCAAUGCAGUUUCACUCAUCUUCAGCAGGCAAGACAAGAUCUCCCAAAGCCGUUCUAACGUGUGGCUUGGAAUCUCCAUGGAACAUUUUGAAUUCUAAUGAUUUGGCUUGCUUGAUGUUUGGUGUUUCCAGGCAGAUCAUGAAAUCAUUGAGAUUGAUGGAUUUACUAGCUCCUAGAUCGAGGGAUCUAGUGUUCAACCGGUUGCAGCUGCAAUCCGAACAGCCAUUUGCAGGUGAGGUCAUUGCAAUAAAGAGGUACAACGACAAGAUGGCUUGGACCUCUGUGUGGGCUAAAAGAAAGGAAAACUUCAUCAUUUUGAUCAUUGAACAGAUCCCGUGCGAUUCGUUGGACAUGCUAAUAAGCAAGGAUCUUACGAGUGCUGAAAAUUCAAAAUAUAAAAUAGAAACUUCGAAGCCAUACUCGCCUCUCUUUACGGAUGUUAAUUUUAGCGGCAAGAAGCUCGAUUACAGCUUACCAAGCAUUGAUCAGCUUGUGAGUGAGGAGGGCGAUAUUCCUAAAACCUACAAAAAUAUGCUGCCAUCUCAAAGAGAUACCGAGCUGGUUAACAAAGUUCGGUAUUUCACUCUUAGGAUCAAGAAAAACGAUUCUGAAGUGGGUGAAGAUGCACAUUUGGACGAUUCGGAUACCGAUGUGAACGAUGAGAAGGAUAUCAUCUAUGCACCUUGUGCAGUUACAUCCGAGAGUCUGGAUCCAGACGAUGAGGAAGACAGCGAAUUAAGGUUGAACAUACACACACUUCCGUACAUGGCAGGCUCGUUUGUGGUUUCCACAAAUGGAUACAAUAUCGUCAGCUUCAACGAGGCCAUUGCAAAGAACUUGUUUGGCCACGAUGACCUGAAGGAUAACUCUGUUGAUUGCAUUAUUCCAGGCUUCUCUAAACUUAUAGAUAAGGCUUUGGCAGAGAACCCAGGACUGUUAUAUGAGGAAGGUACUGUUUUACCAGAGCAUUAUUGGCGGAGGCUGGUUGCUCAGCAGGAUGGUCGGACGGAGGAGGAGAAGGAAUUGCUGUUCUUACGUUCCACAGGUCUUGAUGCUGUGCAUAAUGAUGGAAAUACCAUCAAGGUUGAUGUGCAACUUCGUUUGAUUGAUCACAACUUCUUCCUUCUAUGGGUGACCUACUGCAGAACAAUACUAGUGCAGUCACCAUCCUUGCACCCGGACAAGAUCUCGGACGCCUCACUUCGUGAAAUAACCCAAAAGUUAGAAGAGACAAAGUUCAAGAUGGAUAAGGAGAAAAAAGAGCAGUUGAGAAGGGACAAGAGUAAUGAGACACUCCAUUCAGAGGGUGACUCCUCGGGAAGCCAUCUAAUGAACCUCAACAUGCAGACCGUUCCAUCCCAAAUCCCACUUCUAUCCCAAAUGUCUGAUAAUCUACACAGUACUGGAUCUUCGGAGGCAAUGAGUAGGUCAAGUACAGGCGAAACGGCGACAAAUUCUAAUGAAGCAAAUCCACAUUCGUAUGAAACAACAAGAACAACGGGUUCGACAUUGUCUUCAUCGUCCUUCGAAGCUACAAACGAUACAUCGAGUUCAUCAACCACAACCAGUAGUAAGUCUGACUCGAAUUCGAGGUACAGAGCUUUCAAGUUGGAGAAUGCUCUUUCACAAAGUACGCUUAUGAAGCGGGAAAAUGACCUGAUUGCCGAGAUAAGGAGGCAUUCAAAGUUAUUUCCGCGUAUUGUGGGAAAGGAGAGACGUACGAAGAAGAUGAAAGACUUCCAUAUUAUAAAGAACCUGGGCCAGGGUGCGUAUGGUAAGGUUGUUGUGGCCGUGAGGAAAGCAGACCCUCUAUAUAAAGUUGUGUUGAAGGCCAUUUUCAAGGAGAGAAUAUUGGUUGACACUUGGGUUAGAGAUAAAGACUUGGGAACCAUUCCUAGUGAGAUUCAGAUUCUAAAUAAGAUUAACCAGGAUCCGCACCCUAAUAUUAUGCGGAUAAUCGAUUUCUUUGAGGAUGACAAGUGCUACUAUCUAGAAACAAUGCAGCAUGGUGAUCCCCCGGCAAUCGAUUUGUUUGAUCUCAUUGAGGUCAAGACUGAUAUGACUGAGUUUGAGUGCAAGUACAUCUACUUCCAGUGCUGUUCGGCGAUGGCUUAUCUUCACCACCAUGGUAUUGUUCACCGUGAUAUUAAAGAUGAGAACAUCAUUGUUGACCAGGACUUUACUGUGAAGCUCAUUGACUUUGGUUCUGCUGCUUACACGAAGGAUGGACCAUUUGGUGUCUUCGUGGGUACAAUCGACUAUGCAGCACCUGAAGUUCUCAAUGGGAAACCUUAUGAUGGUCGUGCUCAAGAUGUUUGGGCAAUGGGUGUUCUUCUUUAUACGAUUAUUUUCAAGGAGAAUCCUUUCUGCAGUGUUGAUGAGAUUGUGGAGGGAAAGUUGACGUUCCCGAACUUCCCGGAUGUUAGUCAGGACUGUAUUAACUUGAUAACGUCAAUACUGGUUGAGGAUGUUAACAAGCGUCCAACAAUGAAACAGAUUUUGAAAAGUGACUGGCUUAAGAGUAUGCAUUAA